AUGACCAAGAAAGAGGUGUUUAGCACUGCUUCCACUCACGAGCCUUCGUCUGGAAAAGCAGCAAAUGUGAGCAGAACAGUUGUGGGAAAAGUAGAAACGCAGUUUGGGACUCUCACGCCUAUCACAUACUCGGUUCAGGAGGAUGACGGAGAGAACCUGUUCCUGCUCAGUCGAAUCUCAGGGGAGUUCCUAUUAUCCCGCAGCCUGGAUUUCGAAACACAAAGAUACUAUAUUCUCACAGUGGCGCUGCAGCAGGGGGAUUCGCAGGUAUCCAGUGUCAGGGUUUACUUCAAUGUGCUGGAUGUGAACGACAACCCCCCUGUUUUCAGCCAGCAUGCCUUUUCUGCAUGGCUGCUGGAGGACACAGAGGUUGGCACAUGCUUCCUGUGGUUGAAUGUUUCUGAUAAGGAUGAUGGUGACAACGGAGAACUGAAGCUGAGAGUAGUCAGUGGUGAUGAAGAGGAAGUGUUCUUCAUCCACUCAACUGGUAAUUUGUGCCUGAACAAAGAGUUAGACAGAGAGAGACGAUCCUCCUACAACCUGACCGUGACGGCCAGCGACUGCGUCCAGCCGGCGUCUUCGCAGCUCACCAGCACAGCUCACGUCGUGGUGGUUGUCGAAGAUGCCAACGACAACGCUCCAGUGUUUGUGUCACCCAAAAGUGUUAAUAUCCCAGAGGACACCCCGCUUCGUUCUGUUAUAAUGACUGUACAUGCUGAGGAUUCAGACGCUGGAUUCAACGGGAAGCUUUUGUAUGAUUUAAGCAACACAUCUGGUGGGAUGUUCAGCAUCGAUAACAGAAGUGGAGAAAUAUACCUGGAGGAGAUGUUAGACAGAGAAGAGGUAGAUACGCUGAUUAUCACUGUAACAGCCACAGAUGGAGGCUCGCCCCAAAUGGCGACCGCAAUGAAUCUCACCGUGCAUGUUGAAGAUGCAAAUGAUCAUAGUCCUGAGUUUUUACAAAGUGAUUACAGCCUGACGGUCAGAGAGGACAUCCCCAGAGGAACGAGCCUGUUUCAUGUUCAGGCUUGUGAUCAGGAUAUUGGGCCGAAUGGACUAGUGCGUUAUACGAUUACCCAGGUGACUCCGUUCGUUGUGGACACAGUUCGAGGUGUUGUCACAGUCAUGGGUCGACUGGACCGAGAAAUCGACCCAAACUACACCUUCAUCAUAACUGCUGUAGAUCAGGGAAACAUGCCCAGAUCUGCAACUGCUGCUGUCAGUGUCACAGUGUUGGAUGUCAAUGACUUUGCCCCCCAGUUUUCUCCAGAAACACUCAUCAUACACAUCAAAGAGAACGAAGAGGAUCCAUCUGAGCGAACACGUCAGGUGCUACUGGGUCUCGGUACUCUGACUGUACAUGUCAUAGUGGAGGAUGUCAAUGAUAAUCAUCCAGAGUUCACUGAGGACGUCUACAACACCAUUGUGCCUGAGGACAGUCCUAUCGGCACUGUGUUCGCCAUGAUAACCGCGUCCGACAUUGAUGAGGGUGUCAAUGGGGAAAUAAGGUAA